UCACUCUAUCGCCGCUCCCUGAAGCUGGCACUAGACUGGGCCGUCCAUCGCCAUCUCUGGCGCGGCCAGGCGCUCUACAUUCGAUCGCUAUUCGAGGCCAACCGUCAUGUUACGGACUCAAGGCAACAAAAAGCUUUGUUAUCCGAGACGGAAAAGUUGCUCAACAACUGGAAGCACCCUGAUCCAUACACGGCGCCGACUGCGCCGGGAGGAUCCAAAUACGAGCGCAACCUGCCUUCCCCAGUUCUGGACCGUGAGCGAGCCCACACCUAA